GUGUUCAAACGCUUCGUUGAGAUUGGCAGAGUUGCUUUCAUUUCCUUCGGGCCACAUGCUGGCAAGCUGGUGGCCAUCGUGGAUGUUAUUGACCAAAAUAGGGCACUAGUUGAUGGCCCCUGCAGUGGUGUCAGAAGGCAGGCUAUGCCCUUCAAGUGCAUGCAGCUGACUGACUUUGUUCUCAAGUUCCCACACAGUGCUCGUCAGAAGUGUGUGCGACUUGCCUGGGAGAAGGAAAAUAUAAAUGAAAAAUGGGCUGCAACAAGAUGGGCAAAGAAGAUUGAAGCUCGAGAAAAGAAAGCCAAAAUGACUGACUUCGAUCGCUACAAGGUUAUGAAAGCAAAGAAAAUGAGAAACAGGAUCAUCAAGCAUGAAAUGAAGAAGCUGCAGAAGUUGUCUUCUAAAAAAGGCAAGAAGCCAGAGAAGUCAGAGAAGCCAGAGAAGAUGGAGAAGGCACCAAAGUCUGAGAAGGUGCAGAAGGCACAGAAGGCACAGAAAUAAAAUGAACUUCUAGUUGUGUAUGACUUUGUGUCCUUGUUCUGAUUCUUUAAAAUUAACAAAUGGUUAAACAUCUGGUUUAAAUUGUAAUCAUAAGUUCACUUUUCCUUCUGACCAA